AUGCCUUUGGUUUGCUUUAAGGCUCCUCCGAGAGCGACGUCGAUUCGCUGGCCUGCUAUUGCACGAGAGUACGAUUUGCAUACUAUUUAUUACCUUGACUUAUGGCCUACAUACGACCCCAUGGUAAUAGUUCUGGAUCCUGCGCUCGCAGCACAAGCCACGCAGCUGAAGAACUUACCAAAACAUCCUAUGUACCGUCUGAUGGAGUACACGGUGGGAACGCAAAGCAUCAUCACGACAACAGGGGAGCAAUGGAAGUUCUGGAGGAAGGUUUUCGAUCCGGGAUUCUCAAGUUCACAUCUUGCAACUCUUACACCAAUGGUGGUGGGACGAGUGAAAGUAUUCAUUGAGAAGCUAGAGGAACACGCCAAGGCCGGAGAGGUAUUCGAGUUGCUACCUCUCACUAAAAGUCUGACAAUUGAUGUGAUAGGCCGUGUCACCAUGGCUUCCGAUUUCAACACGCAGAAACAAUCUCAUGAGAUAGUGGAAGCAUUUCUGGCGAUGCCAAAAUACAUUCCUCCUAUCAAUUUAGACUUGGUUAGGCUCCUUAGCCCGUCGCGGAUCUGGAAUGCAAGGCAUUAUCAGAAAAAGCUGGAUAGACUAAUUGGAGAAGUUGUGAGCCAACGAUUUCAGGAAAGGAGAGCGGGCAAAGUUGCACUUGGAGAAAGGUCACUAGUACAUCUUGCCUUGGACACUUACGAGCAGGCUCGGGAAUUGAAAGCGGAAACUCUUGCCACAGACACAAGCUUCAUGCGCAACAUCGUCCAUAAUAUUCGCGGAUUUUUCUUCGCAGGCCACGCAACGACUGCUGCGUCGCUAUGCUAUUUAUAUUAUCUUCUCAACAAGCACCCGGAUGUCUUAUACCAGCUUCGCACAGAACAUGAAGUGUUCCUUGGAGCUAAUCCUGACGACGCAGAAGAAAGGAUUCUCGAAGAACCCCAUAUAUUAAAAAGGAUGCCAUACACAACGGCUGUGAUUAAGGAAUCGCUAAGAUUAUUCGUCGGAGCUGGGACGAUACGAAACGGAGUCCCAGGCCUCAACUUAGUUGAUCCAAAGACACAGAUUGAAUACCCGACCUAUCGUGACGGGCCAUUCCCCAUUCUAGUGAGAGCAUUUCCCAUUCAUCGCGACCCCACGAAUUUUUCAGAUCCCGAUCUCUUCUUGCCACAGCGUUUUCUUGGUCAAGAGGCGGGUGAGAUGAAGAAGGAUGCAUAUAGACCUUUUGAGAAAGGUUCCAGGGACUGCCCAGGUCAAGAACUCUCCAUGAUGGAAAUGAGAGUUACGUUGGCUCUUACCAUCCGCAAGUUCAACUUCGACGCGGCAUAUCCGGAGGAUGCCCCGGAAGUGAUGGGGGAUCACGCAUACAACGUGAUGUUUUCUAGUGCCGGUCCAGCUCGCGGCUUGCCGGUAACAAUAAGUAAGCUAGUGUAG